AAGCCAUUUUGGCCCAAGCCAUGCUGAACGUUGCCGCAGCGACAGCCCUCUUGGUGGCUGCAGCGCGCUGGCAAUAGGAGCCUCCUGCUCCUCCUCCCGCUCAUCCUGCCACCCCGCUUCUUCCCUGAUGUGGAAGCAGCAGGGGCGCCACCCCCGGAUCUCGGGGCCCCGGGCUUCCUGCCUCCCGGCCGCGGACGGAGCAUGGGCGCCACGUGCUGCCAGGAGGGGGGCGCCAGCGUCGAGCCCGUGCCGCCGGGUGCGCGCGCCGGCUGGCACAGGGUGGAGAUGGCCGCCACCGGCCUCGGGCUGCAGGUGCCGGGCCUGCAGGCCUUCCACACCUCCGUCCUGGUGGACGGCCUGGAGUACUGCUUCGGCCCUUCCGGCGUGAGCGUUUCGAAAGGCUGUGGCAGCCAUCGGCAGUUCGUGAGCAGCCCUCCGACGGUGUUGGCCAUGGGCUACUCGCGGAUCUCGGGUGACGAGAUGAGGAGGGCCCUCUCCCCGCUGUUCCGGGCGGGCAGCUACGACCUGCUGCGGAAGAAUUGCAAUGCCUUCAGCGACUGCGCCCUCUACUACCUCCUCGGCGCCCGCCUCGCGUGGCGGUACCGCGGGCUCGACCAGAUCGGCGCCGCCCUGGGCGGCCAGCGCUCCGGGCUCGCGCAGGGCAUCCUGCGGGCCGCCGUGGGGGGGGCCUACGUCCCCAACCCUGCGGCCGCGGGCUUCAGCCUCGACGCGAGCCUCCAGAAGCUGAGCGAGGCCGGCGAGGUGCGGCGGUCGAGCAAGGCCUCGAAGCCCAGGAGGAGCUCCACUGGAGGAGGCCGAGGUCCUCCCGGCGACCUCCCCAAGAUGUCGCCGAGGUCCUCAGGCGGCGAGCGGCCGGCGACCUCCGCCGCGGGGCAGCAUCCCAGCCCUCGAUCGCCGCGGCCGCCGCUGGGGUCCUCCCGGAGGAGGUCCCCGGUGAGGGCCGAGGCCUGGGUCAACUAGCGGCCACUGCUGGCGCUGUUGUCCAGUUGCUUGCCCCUGUGGCCGUGGAGAGUCCCGCCCAGAGAUGGGGUCGAGCCUUGCGUUAAUGACUUUUGAGCGGCGUUGUCUUAGGUUCCGUCUCACGUCCUUGAGCGUCGGUGUGCAGUCGGGAGAUGUGUCUGACACGUAGUAUAGCACUCCCAGAUCUGCUGCCGCGCCUCAACGGGGGAGGUCACCACCAGCCUGAAACAUCUACCCAUCCAUGUUGAGCCUUGUCUCGGUGCCGAUCUUGAGGACACCCUCAGCUUCAGAGGGGGCAUACCUAGGACUGGCAUUGCCUUGGGCUUGUCAAUCUGUUGGAUAGGUCGGCCACGCACGGGCCUGCCGCG